AUGUCUGACGCUAUUCGAAGCAUAUUUCUGCAAAGAGGAUACAAUGCUGACUACUAUAUUGACCAUCUUUUUGCUAAAUCACGACGAUGUCAUGUUUAUUCGCUCCCAUUCCCCAUGGAAUGUAUGCCUUACAUCACGCACAGUCUUCUUGAUGGCGUGUUCACAUCAACUAUGUGUAAUAAUUUGAGUGAGUUUCGCUUAAGUCCGCCGGUGGACAUGGAUAUUGGUGGUCUCCUUUCAUCUCGACUUUUUAAUAAAACUAUAACAGAGAGUGAUAACUAUCAAAAAGAUUGUGAAAGCGGAAUUCGCUCAGAUCCUCCUAUCAAUCCUCAUCAUAGCGUUCCUAAGCACGUUCUGGCCAUUUUCUAG